AAAACAAAUUCAGAAAUGGCAAUAAAUGGCGGAUUGAGAAUCGCAAACUCAAAUUCCCCAUUUGUUGUCUCUCUCUUCUCCACCAAAGCCUCUUGCUUGCGAGUAUCAGCAGCAGUGAGAGUAGUCUCAUCAUUAUCUUCCAUGGCUUCUUACGAUAAGGAACUCGCCGCUGCCAAGAAAGCAGCCUCUCUCGCAGCCCGCCUCUGCCAGAAGGUGCAAAAAGCAUUGUUGCAAUCAGAUGUUCAGUCAAAAUCUGAUAAAAGUCCAGUCACCAUUGCCGAUUAUGGUUCCCAAGCGCUGGUUAGUUUUGUGCUGGAGAAGGAACUCUCUUCUGAACCAUUCUCAUUAGUGGCUGAAGAGGAUUCUGAGGAUCUUCGCAAGGAUGAUUCCCAGGAAAUUGUAGGGCGUAUAACAGAACUUGUGAACAACACUCUGGCUAAUGAUGGAUCCUAUAAUGUUUCCACUCUAUCCAGAGAAGACGUGCUCAGGGCCAUUGAUAGCGGUAAAUCUGAAGGUGGUCCUCAGGGGCAACAUUGGGUCUUGGAUCCUAUUGAUGGCACUAAGGGGUUUGUCCGAGGAGAUCAAUAUGCAAUUGCAUUAGCAUUGCUUGAUGAAGGGAAGGUAGUGUUGGGUGUCCUGGCUUGUCCAAAUCUCCCAUUAGCAUCCAUUGCUAGCGGUGGUCAACAUUCUUCAAACAGUGAAAUUGGUUGCCUUUUCUUUGCUAAAGUUGGAGCAGGCACUUACAUGCAGUCAUUGGAUAGUUCUUCAAACAGUUCUUCACCAGUGAAGGUGCAGGUUUCUGCUAUUGAGAAUCCCGUCGAAGCAUCAUUCUUUGAAUCAUAUGAAGCUGCACACUCCUUGCAUGAUUUGUCUAGUUCCAUUGCUAAAAAACUUGGCGUGAAAGCACCACCAGUUAGAAUCGACAGCCAGGCAAAGUAUGGAGCUCUGUCUAAAGGGGAUGGAGCCAUAUAUCUCCGUUUCCCUCAUAAAGGAUAUCGUGAGAAAAUAUGGGAUCAUGCAGCCGGAAGCAUUGUUGUGACUGAAGCUGGAGGUGUGGUCACUGAUGCUGCUGGGAAUCCAUUGGAUUUUUCCAGAGGGAAAUACCUUGACCUUGACACUGGCAUCAUUGUUACCAAUCAGAAGUUGAUGCCAUGUCUAUUGAAGGCAGUCAGAGAAUCAAUUGAGGAAAAGUCAUCGUCUUUGUGAUCAUUCACAAAGGGCUAUACCAUCCAAUCCCUUUGUUUUAGUAGGAUAUGGACUUGAAUCAUUUAACUGUUUUUUCAACUUAUUUGGUGUGAAGUUCCUGUAAAAUUCUCCAAAUUUGCUCAAGCCAAGUGCUUCUCCAAGUCUUUAAUAAUGGAAUUCUGACAAUACUAUGAGUAUUGAGGGGUUUUUACAGCAAUUGUAAUUUCUUUUUG